CUUGAGACAAUUGACUUCAUAAAAAAAUUAGUUUGCAUAUAAAAGUCCACCCCGUUGCGAAGCGUGGCACAGCGCCUAGUAACAGUGAACAGUACAAUAAAAGAAGUUCCUUAAUUUCCACUCGAAUAUCCCAAGAUACAAUGUUUGCUAUUACUGCGUUGUUCGCUGUUCUAUUUAUCUGCGCUCUUCCAAGAGAUGCCUCCUCAGAGACAACUUGUCAGACCCACAAGCGCAAUUCUGCUAGUGUCAAUUCUCCGGUAAAAUGGGACAUCCAGUGCGACGCCCAAGGCAACUACCUGCCCUUGCAGUGCACGAUCCAAACCCCUAAAUGGUGCGCAUGCUACGACAAAGAAGACAUGGUUGCACAGCCAUCCAAAGCUACCAAGUCCUGUGAGUGCCAUUUAGCCCGAGCACAUGCAAUAAAAUCCGGAAAAACUCUCUGCGAGACCCCUGUUUGUGAGAGGAAUGGACAUUUCCAGAAGAAACAGUGCUGUGACAUCACAAGAGAAUGCCGCUGCGUCGAUCCUGUCACGGGUCAGAACACUGUCCAGCCCCAGAAGAACCUGAACCUGCACUGCCCAUGAUCGCUUUCUCUACAAUUUUCAUGUACCUAACACUUGUUUGUAUGUGUUUUUUAUUGUUAAAUAAAUAAAUAUUUUUUAAAUGGU